AGGAUUUCGGCUCAGCCUUAAUCACCCAACUUCAUCUGUCACAAUGCAGUCGUUCCGCGCGGCGGCCUUGGCCCUGGCCUUGGCCCCGUUGGUCUCCGCACGCCUCUUCCACUCGCCGACGGCUCCGGCGGCCCCGGCGCUGGCGGUGGAGGACGCUUUUGCCUUGAGCAGCCGGUCACCGAAGAGCUGGCUGAAGGCGGGGCCAACAGCGCCCAAGUGCAACGAAAAGAAGGUGGUCGGCUCGGGAGACGACAAGUUCCUGAAGUGCCCCAAGGAGUGCCCCAUCUACGCGGACGAGCGCCAGAACGGGGUCGACUGCGACUUCGAGUGCGUGGCGGCGACUCCGAAGGCGUGCAGCAAGGUGAACCCCAAGGAGCCCGUGCCCGACGAGGAGCGGGGCAUUUGCCGCGCUUGCAUCAUCUACGGGUGCAAAGCCUGCACCAGCGAGGGUGCAGACACCUGCGCCCUGUGCGAGUCUGGGUUCAGGCUGACCGCAAAAGGCACCUGUGAGAGCACCAACAAGUACCUUUGGUACGCGCUCUUCGCGGUCCUCGGCCUGGUGGCCGUCUUCAUCGUGGCCUGGGUGGUGGAUCUCGCCUGCCGGCCCGUGGUGAACGUGCAGGGGCUCAAGGGGGCCCUGAACGCGCGGUCCCGGUCCAAGGUGAGGAUGCCUUUGGCGGAAGGGACGGAGGGCCGGGAGCUGUACCCUUUGGACACCAACCUGCUGAAGACGCCGGUGGCCGGGGUCGGGGUGCAGCUGCACUUCAACUUCCAGUUCUUCCUCAUUGUGUGGUCCCUUGCCAUCGGCCUGGCCUGGAUGGUUCUGGCCCUCUCCGUGGACGACGCCCUGCUGAUUCUGGGCACCCGGCGCGCCAAGACGGCGAGGCAGAAUUGCAUCCUGGUGGCUUGGGGCUUCGAGACCCAGCAGCGCCUCAUGUGGACCAAGAUCGAUUUCGUGGUGGCCGUCUAUGUGCUGACCUUUUUGGGUUGCCUUGCCUUUGGGGUAAGGCAGCUGCGCUUGUUCCAGAAGGUGGACAUGCAAAGCUCCACCCACAAGGACUACGCGGCGCGGAUCCGGAACUUGCCGCUGCUGGAGGGCACGGAGCCGGUGGAGGAGGAGCUGAAGAAGCGCCUGGAGGACGCCACCGGCCAGAAGGUGGUGGGCGUGUCCGUCUGCUGGGACUUCCAGGAGCAUGAGGAUGAGUUGUUGGAGCUGAUCGAGAGCAAGUUGGUGGAGAAGGAGGAGGCCUUGAAUCCGCUGCCGCAAGACGAGGAACAGGCGGAGCCCGGGGGCUUCUUCGCGCGCAUGGAGCGGUCCAUGCUGGCGGCGGAUGCCGAGCGCGUGGUGGCGAAAGGUGAGAUGAGCGAGCUGGAGACGCAGGCGCGUGUGGAGAGGGGGACAGGCAACCCGGAGGAGGAGACCAUUGAAGAGUGCAAGGAGGUGGAUGUGGUGGGCAUCCUCAAGAGCAUCAAGACCUGCCCUGACGCCUACGCCAUUUUCGAGACAGAGGCUGCCCGCGACAUGGCGGUGGAGGCGGCAUGUGCCGCUGGCGGCGUGGAGUACGGGGGCAAGACGCUGCAGCUGAAUGCCUCGCGUGUGGAGCCGCAGACGGUGAACUGGCAGAACUGCGCCAACACGGACCUCAUGGUGAAGGCCAAGCGCGUGGCCUUGGGCUUCGGGAUCAUGCUGGCGGGCUUGAGCCUUUGGGUGGUGGUCUUCUACCUGCCCUACGCCUGGUUCACGCUGACCUUCAACUAUUCCUAUGGCCAGGAGCCCGGCUUCGUGGCCGGCAUGACCUUCUCCAUGGUGGUGGUCGCUGGCAACGCCGUGAUGUACCUGGUUUGCAGCGAAGUGGCGGAUCGCACGCGCUUCAUCUACGUGGACGAUCGCGAGGUGUGUUACAUGCUCCUGUAUUGCUUCGCCUGCGUCUUCAACGUGGCGCUGGAUUUGAUCACCACUUACAUGGUGGCCUACAGGAUCAACGUGGGCUUGCGCAUGAAGACCUACGACGGCACCUUGCUGGAAAACCUGCAGAGCUUCUCAGACCGCUUCGAGUCCUAUGCCAUGCAGCGCACGCUGGCCAACAACCUCUACGCCUAUGCCUUCCCGGCCACCUUCUUGAUUCCCUUCUUGAUCGAGCCGGUGGCCACCAUCUAUGCCCCCUACAAGAUGAUGCUCGCCAUUGUCCGCACCCAGCCCUCCAUGAAGGGCUUCAUGGCGGAGCGUUUGCUGGGCAGCUUGGUCUUCGACCUCUCGCGUUACGCCGACCUCAUGCUGGACGUCAUGAUCGCCGUGCUGAUCUUCUUCUUCCCGGGCGGCUUCAACGUCCAGAUGUUCCUCGGCCUGGCCGGGUCCCACGUGUACAUCUACCUCUUUGACCACUACAGAGUGCUCCGGUCCAUCCAGAGCUGCAAUUUCGCGGACAAGAUGGUGGAUUGGUGGUCGCAGUGGAUGAUGUGCAUCCCCUGUGGCUUCAUGCUGGCUUGUGUGGUCUUCAAGGCAAACUGCCAGCCGGGCUACCCAUGCGUGGACGGAAACACCAUGAUCGUGGGCUGCGUGGUGGCCUUUUUCGGGCACGUCCUGCUGCACACCUUGGCCUUCAAGUUCCUGGUGCCCAAGUUCGGCCUGGCGGGUGCCUCGGAGGGCGCCGACGCCAACACCUACCAGGACUGCUCAAGGCGCAUCCCUUGCAGUUGGUUCACCACGAACCCGGUCUACUGCCUGCGGUCCCAGUACAUCUACCAGCACCAGCCCCCCGCACUCUUCUGCAUCCCGGGCAAGGAGCACUUGCUGGAGGUGAACGAGGACAUCGGGCUCUACUUCAACGACUGCGCUGCCAAGGAAGAGGACUACGAUGCGCCCCACGUGGAUGUUGAGAAGGUCAAGGAGAACCUCAAGGAGCUCAAGGGCAAGGCCACGCAGCAAUUCGAGGAGCUCAAGGGCCAGGCUUCGGCAAACUUGGAGGAGCUGAAGGGCAAAGCCACAGGCCACCUCGAGGAGUUGAACAAGCAGGUGUCGGGCAAAUUCGGUGACCUGCAGGGACAGAUGUCAGCCAUGCAGGGCACGAUGCAGGGCACGAUGCAGGGCAUGCAGGGCACGAUGCAGGGCAUGCAGGGCUCGAUGUCCGCAAUGGGCCAGCUGACCUCGAACUGGAGCAUGUUCGGCAAGGGAAGUCAAGAAACUGACAAGGAGAAGGAGGACAAGGAGGAGGACAAGGAGGACAACGGGGAGCAGGAACCGUCAACCGGAAGCGCCGACAAGCAAUGAGAUGGUCAUUGACCGCGCACCGGAAAAACCGUGCGCACCCCUCC